CUAAAAUUUAGCCCCACGACUAUUUUUAGCCCUUUCAGUUGGAGCAGGCCUGACACUCUCCUGCUCCUUUUCUCUCCACCAACACCAAAUCCACACAACCUUACAAUUUGGAGUGAAUUCGCACACGAUAAAAGUAAUGAGUUACAGUUCAGAAGACAGCAGCAGUCCGACGACGGCCGGGAACGGCCGCAAGUUGAAGGGAGUGCGUCAAAGAAAAUGGGGCAAGUGGGUGUCGGAAAUCCGCGUCCCCGGCACGCAGGACCGCCUCUGGCUCGGCUCUUUCUCCACUGCCGAGGCCGCCGCCGUUGCUCGCGACGUUGCUUACUAUUGCUUGCAUAAGCCUUCGACUCUGGAGGGCCUCAACUUUCCUACAAUCUUGCCUUGUUCGGUUAAUCAAACGGCGGACAUGUGGCCGAGGUCGAUACAGAAGGCGGCUUCAGAUGCCGGCAUGGCUGUUGAUGCUCAGCUGAUCAAUGCUUAUAGUAACAGCUCGUCGUCUCCGCAAAACGGGAGACAGGCCAACGGAAGUGAGCCACGUGGAAUGCAGAGCGGCGGGUGUUGGGACGACGCCGGUGAGAGUUCAUCAGCCACUACCGGCGGCGUGGCGCUGAGUAUUUCGAUUGAAGAUUAUCUCUAGACUCUAGCUAGCUAAUAGUAGAAAAAUGUUAAGACUAUCUUUUGAUCGGUUGACGGUUUUUCUAAGACUGUCAACGUUUGGCUGUCUUUUUCGACAGCGGGAGGUGACGCACGGAGUGGCAUCAUAUGUAUUAGCUUGGAGCUUACAUGUUGUAUAUGUGUAUAUAGGGGUCACUCAACUUGUGGGUGAGUUCUGUACCCCAGAAAUGGAAACAUAACUGAUAAUGAUUUAAAAUAGAAAGUUGGUUUUUCAA